CCGACAUUUGACUGACCCCGACAUUUGACUGACCCCGACAUUUGAUUGACCCCGACAUCUGAUUGACUCCGACAUCUGAUCGACCACGGCCGAGCUGACAUCCGAUCGACGGACGCCCACCAUGGCCGGACUGACGCCCACCAUGGCCGACCCGACGUCGACCCGACUCCCUCCCAUCCUCGUCUUCGACGCCGUUGCAGGCGAGUACCGCGACCCGAGCGACGCGGCCGACACCACCGCCAGGGCAGAUGCUCCGACACGCACCGUCUUGGUUACGGGAGCCAGCGGCCUGCUCGGACGCCAGGUGCAGCGCCAGUUCGCCCGCAGCGGGUGGAAGGCCAUCGGCACCGGCCUGACGCGCACCAGCCCGCCCGACAUUGUGGCGCUCAACAUUCUCAACCGCAAGCACAUUGACGCCCUCCUCGAUGACGUGAAGCCCGACGUCGUCGUGCACUGCGCCGCCAACCGCUUCCCGGACUCGUGCUCGGCCAACCCCGCCGCCGCACACAGCCUCAAUGUGCAGGCCAGCCGCGCGCUCGCCGAAGCCGCCGUCGCCCGCGGCAUGUUCCUGCUCUACGUCUCCACCGACUACGUCUUCCCCGGCCGCCGCGGCGAGGCGCCGUACCAGCCGGCCUCCGUGCCCGACCCGCCCAACGUCUACGGCCGCACCAAGCUCGAGGGCGAGCGGGCGGUCCUCGACGUGGCCGCAUCCGCACCCGCGGCCAACGCCGCCGUCGUGCUGCGCGUCCCCGUGCUGUACGGCUCCUGCGACGAGCCGCGCGAGAGCGCCGUCAACGUGCUCAUGUCGCAGCUGUGGGCCGCCCAGAAGCUCGACGCCCCGGCGCCCGCCGUCGCCGUCGACGACUGGGCGCUGCGCUUCCCAACCAACACCGACGACGUGGGCCGCGUGUGCCGCGACAUUGCAGACCUGUACCGCAGCCCCGACAACGCCGCGACCGACCUGCCCCCCAUCCUGCACUUCUCGAGCGAGGACCGCAUGACCAAGUGGCAGAUGGUACAGACGUUCGCCGACAUCACGGGCUUGCCGCUUGACAAGCUCGCCCCGUCAAGGCCGGACGAUGAGCCGGGCCAGGAUACCACCAGGCCGUACGAUUGCCAUCUUGACACCUCGGCGCUCAGGGAGCUGGGUGUCAAUGUCAGCACCGUGGGGUUCAGGGACUGGUGGAGCAAGGAGCUGGGUGCUUUCAGAUAGACGCCAGGGACCUCUCGCUGUGGGAUAUCAUCGCUGCCAACCACGCCAGCUGGGAGCAUGAUUAGGGAUGGACUGCGCCGGUCACGGGACCUGGCUCGCCGAGAAGCCGCACUCGACGCGCAUGCUCUGGUGAAUCCGGCCGUGACACUGACGAAACGGGAAGGCGCGGUUGCGGGGCUACCGCUUUAGCGCAUCGCGCUUGCGGGCGCGGCUGCUCCCUUCCGCCGCCGUCAACACAAUGCCGUAGGUGAUUAAUGAAGUCGACAUGCCAUCUGUCCGAG